AAACCACUACAGAACAACAAUUUUAUUGAGACAAAGAGAUGUGAACGCAAAGAUCUGUUUAGCUUCAACAUUAAUAUCAAGUAUGGAGUUCCAAAGCGCGUUCCUCCUCACAACAGGGCAAAGAUUCUUGUCAGAACAUAGUAAAUUGCGAGAGAAAAUAAAAAUGUGGAUGCCUGCGGAGGAAACGGCUCUUGUUAAUUUUCUUAAAGAAAAUGUGGAAUUUGAGAAACCAACAUCGCGGGUAUAUUAUAAUCGUUUCCUUCAAAGUAGCGGUGUGGAUGCUGAUUGGAAAAUUGUACGCUUAAAGGUGUUAAAUAUGAGAAAAACUUAUAAAAAAACAAAAGAAUGGUUGGAUACUGUAGGAGAAGCUAUGGCAGAUGACGAAUCAGUUGGAAAUGCCAUACGCAAUAUGUGUCCUUUAUAUUAUGAUAUUGAAAAAGUUUUUGGAUCAAACUUCAUUAAUUCACCUACGAAAUCAAAUAGGUUACAACCUAUUAUUGUGAAAUCAGAAUCAAUCAGUGAUCAAAAUUUUGAUGAUGCAUCUAAUACUAUAGUUAAAACAGAAAACGAAGAAUUUGAAAAUGUUUAUGAUAAUAUGCAAGGUGCUAGCCAAGAUAGAAGUUUUUCAUUAACGGAAACUAUGUCUAGGAUAGACACGGCUACAGAGGAGGAAAUAGAACGUGCCAUAGAUUUAGCAUUAGAUGAAGGAUAUCGUCACAUUGAUACCGCACCAGUUUAUUUAAAUGAAAAAGCCAUAGGUCGCGUACUCAAGAAGUGGUUAGAUUCAGGGAAAGUACGCCGUGAAGAAUUAUUCAUUGUUACAAAAUUGCCACCAAUUGCUAACAGACCUGAAGAAGUUGAGGAAACGAUUAAGCAAUCGUUAGCUGAUUUACAGUUGGAUUAUGUAGACUUAUAUUUGAUCCAUACACCAUUUACUUUGUAUUUUGGCGAUGGAGACAUCAAACGUGAUGAAAAUGGUGAUGUGGUUAUUGAUUCAAGUACAAAUCAUGUUGCCGUUUGGAAGAAAAUGGAAGAAAUGAUUGAUAAUGGUUACACAAAAUCCAUUGGACUUUCAAAUUUUAAUAAACAACAAAUUCAAAAAUUGUUACCAAGCUGUAGAAUACGUCCCGUUAAUUUACAAAUUGAACAUCAUAUAUACUUACAACAACGUGAUUUGAUUAAUUACUGUAAGGAGGAAAAUAUAGUUGUCACUGCAUAUGCACCACUUGGUUCCAAAGGCAUCGCAGCAUUGAAUAAAAAAGCUGGUGUAGAACGAGAAAUUCCAGAUUUGAUGAAUGUUCCUGAAGUUCUCGCUAUAGCCAAGGCACAUAGUAGAACUACAGCACAAAUUUUGUUACGUUGGGUACUCGAUAACGGCUUAGCAGCUAUUCCAAAAAGUACAAAUCCUGUACGUUUACGACAAAAUUUAAAUAUUUUUGAUUUUAAAUUAACUGCUGAGGAAAUACAAACAUUAUCUAAGUUGGAUGAAAAUAUAAGAGUUUGUGAUUUCUCUUUCUUUAAGGGUAUUACAAAUCAUCCAGAAUUUCCAUUUUAAUUUUGAUUAUAUUUAAUAAAAAAAAUUUGUUU